UAUAUUAUAAAACUAAAUACAAAAUGGCUUCAUCGAGCAAAUGCUUCUUCCUUGUGUUCUUAUGUCUGGUUGUUCUACUUACCCUAGAAUCUACAAAAGCGGAUCACGACAGAAGUAGACUCAUUGUGCAGGGUCCAUGCGAGAAGUUUCCAGACUGCAAUCAACAUUGCAUUGAAGUACCAUUUAUAGGUGGAAAAUGCGUCAAACCGUCUCCGGAUGCCACCUAUUUGUUGUGUGUUUGUUUUGGAUAAUCUUAUAUAAGUUUUUUAAGAUAUUGCACAUG